GGAGAGGGCUCCAGGAUCGCUGACGUGGAGACGCCACAGCCCGUGCCAGAGCUGACCAGACCCGGCCUCGGAGCCUGGAUGCCAGGGCUGCUGAUGAUGGACGGUGCCCAAGCCCGAGGGAAGGGGCUGUGGGCCCGAGGGACCCCACUGCUGCUGCUGCUGCUUCUCUGGGGGGCCACAGCCACCGCCCUGGCCCUGGAAGGUGGCCCUGUCAGCCAGGACAGCGUGCAUAUGCAGGAGGUGGCAGAAAUAAAGACAGACAGCCUCCUGACUUUCCUUGCACGGUGGCACAAGUGGACCUCCCAGUUCAGCACUGGGGACCGCAGUGGGGGGCACACCAGAGAGGUGGCCAAGCGACAGGAAGGCGCACCCCUUCAGCAGCCCCCUCGCCGAGAUAAAACACGCUGUAAAAACUUCUUCUGGAAGACCUUCUCCUCCUGCAAAUAGACUUCCCCACCACUGACUGCAUGGUGGGGACUGUAGUGUGGACCCGAAU